UCCUUCCACCAUGGUCUAAUCUUAAGCUUAGUUGCUUUAAACAUGUAUGCGUUAUAGACAACCUUUAUAAACGCGAUGUGAUAUUCUAAAGAUCCUAUUGAACGUGUUCGGAAAGAAGUAGUACGAUAUACACGCCAGUACAUCCCGGUGGUCUUUUAUCUUAUUUGUUUACGAUUGACAAUUUUUAAAGGACACUUGCAUACAUUCGACUUUACAAUGUACUGUUCAACGAUAACCGAAUAUAAGGAUAAUAAAAAUCAAAAGUUAGUGCAGUCGGGAAUGGAAUAUGACAGGACUUUGAUUCUCGAUCAACCACCAAAGCACAUGCCGGCGGAGCAGCCAUUAAUUUGGCGUAAUAUUAUUGGCAUCGCUGCUCUUCAUGUCAUCGCGAUCUAUUUGUUCGCUACGCGAUAUCACGAGGCGAAAUUGUGGACUUGGAUAUGGUCAAUCGUCUAUGGUUUUUCAAGUGGUUUCGGCAUAACAGCUGGUCUCCAUCGUCUUUGGGCACAUAGGAGCUAUAGUGCCAAAUUACCACUCAGAAUAUUACUUAUUUUUAUGUUUUGCAUGGCUGGCCAAACUCAUCCAUCUAAAUGGCUUCGUACUCAUCGAACACAUCACAGGUACACGGAUACAUGCGCGGAUCCACAUAACGCUACUCGUGGUCUUUUAUUCUCGCAUGUCGGUUGGUUAAUGAUGAAGCAUCAUCCAGCAGUCAAGGAAUAUGGUAAAAAUGUAGAUAUGAGUGAUAUCUCAGCUGAUCCUGUGAUACGUUUUGUCGAUAAAUAUUACCCAUUGAUUAUGUUGCCACUGUGUUUUGUCCUGCCAACUGUAAUACCGGUUUACGUAUGGAAUGAAUCCUGGGACGUAAGCAUAGGCGCUGUGCUCGUCCGCUAUGUAUAUUCAUUGAAUUCAACUUUCUCUGUCAACAGUUUCGCUCAUAUAUUGGGUGCUCGACCGUACAAUAGUACUAUUAAGCCAACAGAGAAUUCUUGGGUGUCCUUUUUUGCCAUCGGCGAGGGUUGGCACAAUUACCAUCAUAGCUUUCCAUGGGACUAUAAGGCCGCGGAACUUGGCUUCUAUCGGCUUAACCCUACUACCGCCUUGAUAGAUUUCAUGGCUUGGCUGGGAUGGGCGUAUGAUUUGAAGACAUCAAACGCCGAGCUCGUUGACAGAUUACGUGCGAAUAAAGGCGACGGUAUGACGAGGCUCUCCAGAGACAGAAAAGAUAUUCCCGAGAUAUCACAUGUUGUUCAAUAAAAAAGGUAGAAUAGAAGAGAAGGUAAAAAGAACGAAAAUAUGCAUGCACCGAAUUCGUGAAUAUUAUUUUAACUGCAUCUCUUCGUAGAAUUCGCAAGAUAUAGUACCUAUGUCAAUAUAUCGUAACUAUGGUAUGGUUGUAGCUAGCUUGUUUUUUAAAAACUUUAUAUAAUAAAUAUAAUUUUGAUAAUUAUUUACAUUCUAUUGUCAAUAUAAUUGUACUUUGAUGUAUUUUACAAUUUCUAUACUUUACGACAGGAAUAUUCGCGAUCCAAGGAUUCACGUGUGAUAAAUACACAUGUGUAAAAAUAAAUGCAUUUUAAUAAAUUGUUUUCGAUAGAAAGCUCCGCAUUUUUGUUCACACGCAAGUUAUUUUGAAUAUGUCGCUGUAUGUCAACGUAACGAAUUCGAUAGAACGUGGACUUUAUUUAGACACGCGUGUUAUGAAAGUGCAAUAUAAAAAUAUUUUAUUUUUCAUAAAAAAAAUUCAGAAAGCGUUGUUACUACUAUUGUUAUUAUUACUUAUAGCACUGUAUAUUAAUAGAUCAGCAUUUUAAUCAAAAAUUUAGAAAAACAUUUUUCAAAGAUUUAAUUUAAAUUAAUAAGUCUAAGCUUUUAAAAAAAUAUAGUUUAAACUUUUUUAUCUUUAUUCUUCCGAUGUUUGUUGACACAAUGAGAAAAGAGAGACUGUUUUUUAUAAAUUAGACAUUAUUCUACUUUCUGUUUACUAAAUGCAAAUUGUAAUCUUUUUCUCCGGCCCUUCCGUUUCGAUCUUUUUUUUUAUAUUUGAAUAAGUGUAGUACUGUUUCCAGUUAUAUCCUAUGCAUGAACAUUGUAUCUUUGAAUUAAAAGAGUAUUAUGAAACCUGGCGUAGAACGUAUACUUUAUCUUGGGUUGAAUAUUACUGCUUUUGAUAGAUUGGAUUAUCCUCGAAUUUUCGUGGCUGAUAUACGUUGCUUAAUUACAUUUGUUGGAAUUAUAUUAAUAAUUUCUCAUACGUGAAAUACAUGACAUAUAUAUGGAAAUAUGUAUAGAAUAAGCGGAAAUAUAUUGAUAUUUCAGAGUACAUUUUCAUGAAUAUGAAGAGCAAUAUAGAUAAAUAAAAGACCGA